GAAUGCGUUGGUUGUGCGAUGAAAACUUGAACGGAGCAAAGGACAAGUGUAAACGCGACGUGUGAAGAAUUUUCACUGAGUCCAUGUGUGUGGUCUCACAAUCGACUCAGCUUGGCUUGGUGUUUCAUACGGUCGCACAACUUCGUGAUACCCUCUUCCCUUUUUUAUAAAAAUGUCAAACUGUAUAAAAAGGAAACAAGACAAGCAUUGAAAAUAUAAUACAUAAAAUAUUAGAAGCGACAGCGAAACAACAGCAAAACACAGGCAACGAUUUAUUCAGGCGUUAACAUGAUUUGAGUUUGCUGGCAUCUUUUUCUCUCACAACUGAGCUGAACAGUAGCAAAUGCAAUACAAAAAUGAAAUGCAGGCUCAAUCCAGGCAUACGCAGAUGGAGUCAAGCGGAGCAAGCCGUAACGGAGACGGCGACAUCAGUUGCCAGUUGUGGUCAACAAGUGGCUGGAGCGAGAAAACAAUUGGUGUGGCUUGGGGUAAUGUUGCUGCUGCUGCCAGUUAAGCAUGCAAAUGCAACGAUAUCUACAGCUGCAACAACUUUAACAGCAAAGGCAACACCAUCAGCAAUUGCAACACCAACAGCUACAGCAGCAACUGACGCAAAAGGAGCCACAACUACAACAGCGGGCACAUCUGUUACCACUAGCAAUCCAUUCAAGGACAUUGUACGCAUUGGUGAUGGCAGCAUUGUCAAUCGUCUGGCCAUUGAGCAAUCGCUGGUAACCAUUCACGACAUUGCCACUGAGAAUUUGGGAACAUUGUGCAUCUCAACGCUGUUUCGACCGCUUCAAGUGCCGCUUAAUUCUGAACGGUUUGAGAGCUCUAGACAAAAGGCAGAUUUGGCAGCUUCGAUAUUACAAGAAGUGGGCAUUAUACGACAUGGAGGUCUGUCGGAUGCACUGGCCAAGGGCUUGCUCAGCGAUGAAUACAUAAAUGGUGCACGCAUUUUGGCUUUGAAUCUGACAAACGGAGCACUGCAGAGCUAUGUGUGGUGGGUGAAGAGCGGCCAUGAUAAGUUGGGCGAGACGCAGCGAUACGAGGAGGAGGGACUGCAGAUAGGCAAAAAACCGGCGAAUAUCUAUCCCUGGUUUGAUGAUGAGAGCAGCACGCCCACGCUACGCUCGCCUAAAUUCGCGCCCAGCCCACCAAAUAACUACUACAAAGGGUGGUGGACAUAUCCAUAUUUCUCAUGUGCCUUAAGCAAAUGGCUGGUAUCUUAUAGCAUUGCCAUACCACCAGUGGGCCGACAUGGACUGCGGGGCUUCAUCAGCGUGGAUAUCGAUGUCACCUGGCUGCGUGUCAAUCAGUGCGAUGCGGUGCCCUACCGUUUUGCCACUCAGCAGCAGCAGCUGCGCCAGAGGCAAACCACACGACGCUCCCCAGUUGCAGUCACUAGCAGCAGCAGCAACAAUGUGGACACCAUAAAGGAUUUGCAAGCAUUCCACAGCUCGCACAAAUGCCAUCGUGACUCCAUGGUGUGCGAUUAUCGGCAGCCCAGCAACGCAGAGGCGGCCACAAUAAGCAGCGGUAAAUUAUUGAGCAGCAUAUCGAGCAGUUGGUCGCGAGGCUCUUAUCAAUGCCUCUGCAAGGACGGCUACUAUUCGCUGCGUCAUCCGGACGGCUUCAAUGGCACCAUUAUGGAGAUUGCCUGGCAAGAGCAUCAGGACAAUAUAAGCAAUUACUAUACAAAUGUCUUCAAGUGCUUACCCUGCGCGCCAGGCUGUGAGACUUGCACAGGCCCAGAGCCCUGUCUAGCCAAUUAUCACUGGCCCUUCAGAAUAUCUUUGCUUACAAUUUCCAUUGCCUGCGCAAUUGGCACCUUUCUGCUGGCCGGAUAUCUCUUCCGUCAUCGUCGCGUUAAAGUCUUCAAGGUAGCCAGUCCCAUAUUUCUGAUGAUCACGCUCAUUGGCUGCGCCAUUAUGUAUCUUGAGAUGGUUGCAAUAUUUCCAUUUCUGGACACCAGUUGGUGCAUUGCUACAAAAUGGACGCGUCAUAUGGGCUUUUGUAUUACCUACACUUCGUUGCUAAUGAAAACUUGGCGGGUCUCAUUGACUUAUCGGGUAAAAUCUGCGCACAAAAUAAAACUGAACGAUCAGCAACUUUUGCAAUGGAUGGUGCCCAUUUUGUUAGUUAUGUUGAUCUAUCUGGGUACGUGGACUAUCUCAGCCACGCCUUUCGCAGAAGUGGUAAGUAAGAGAGAGAACCUUAAAUUUAAGCAGUGCUCGUAUAACUGGUGGGAUCACAGUCUGGCCAUCGGCGAAGUCCUUUUUCUGGCCUGGGGUAUACGCGUCUGCUACAAUGUCCGCAAUGCCGAGAGUCUCUACAACGAGGCACGCUUGAUUUCAUACGCCAUUUACAAUAUCGCAAUUGUAAACAUUGCAAUGGCUGCAUUCCACGUUAUGCUGUUUCCGAAUGCUGGACCAGAUUACAAAUAUAUGCUUGGCUUUGUGCGCACCCAAUUGUCUACAACGACAACAAUUGCCUUGGUGUUUGGUCCCAAGAUAGCGCGCGUGGUCAAAGGUCAGGGCGACAAAUGGGAUCAGAAGGCAAAGGUGCGCAGCAUAACGGCAUCUUUCUCACUUAAUGGAGUGGGCCUGGUGCCAGAGGAGUCACCAGACUUGUAUCAGGAGAAUGAGGAGUUAAAAGAACAAGUGCAAAAGCUUGCACAUCAAAUUGAAUUCAUGAAGACUGUACAUAUGCAGAUGAACAACCGGCAUUUAAAGCCCAAGCCUGGUGGCUACUUCACAAUCACUUCGACCUCAUUCCAAGCGCCUUUUAGUAAGAACACGGUAUCUACAGCUCAAACACAAACCGGCAAGGAGGAAAACAGCGGGCUGGCCGGCAAUGCGACGCCCACGAAAUGCAAAUCGCCCAAAGGCAAAGUCUGACGAGGUCAACGAAGUGUUAAAGAUUGCUCAAUAAGUGUGGCUGACCAACAUGGAAUGGUCGUAGACGAUGCAAUUGAUUUCAGUUUUAAACCAGCCGAGGCCGAAACAGAGACAGAGAAAGAGAAGCGUGAUGACAGCGAGGCCGCAUUGCUGCAACAAUUUCGCCGCCUCUUUGCACCCAUUGUGGAUGAGAGUCUGCAGCUGUACUAUCAAAUGAAUGAACAGUCAGACGAUGAUGAGGCGGACGUGCAACAUAUACGCAUACAUAGCACCGUAGCAAAACUAUGUGAGUUUACCAGCAGUGAGGAAGAAACUCUAGUGACGCAACUGCAUUCGCCAGAACCAGUGCGGAAGAGACACGAGUUGCCGGCGUCUCCCACACACAGCUCACUCUCAUCUACCUCAAGCAGCUGCCUGUAUGCGAUGCUUACGCCUACGCCAGAGCGUCCUGGCGGGCUGUUGUUGCUGCCCCUGGAGUCUCCGAUGUCUGCGGACAGUGAGCGACAGACCAUCACCGAGCAAGUGCAGCUGCAUGUCCCACCUGUGGAAUGCAGCAAUAACAACAACAAUAUGGAUGAGGAUGAGAACAGCAGCCACAACAACAAUAAUACCUCUUGUUCGCUAUCCUCCACGCUGACAGAUAGCAAAACGCUGGACGCACGCACGCCUAUUGUGGUGUAGCUGGAAUCUAUUGAUCGUUUGACGGGUUUGACGAAAAUGGAGGGCAACAGUCGCUUUCUACUUUACAUGUGAUUUGGUUUAUACAGUUUUAUUCGUUGAAACUACAACAAAUAAUCGCUAAAUGAAAAACUAAAUUGAAUAAUAUUUGUGUGUUUAUGUAAAACUUUCCCUCUGCAAAAUGUAUGAAAUGCUGUACUGGCUGCUAAGCAAGCGCACAUCCAGUUCAGCAUUCUAAAUGUUCUUUUUACAAAUGAAUUCAUUUAAGCUUCUUAAGCAUACGCCCAAUCAUUUUCAUUUAAAUUUUGGUUGCCAUCCAUCAGACAAACAAGCCAAAACAAAAACCAAAUUAUACACUUUGAGCAAAUUUUUUCCACUUCGGUCGGAUUGUUUCUUACUGGUGUUGGAGCCAGUUGAAAUAAGCUUGUUUAAAUAAGCUUAUCAUUUCGCAUAUGCUCAUAGAGCUUUGUCAUAGAGAUUCGUUAUUAUUAGCCUACAUUAAACUCUUUACAGCACAGGAAUUUUUCUUUUUGUUCACGUGCACCCAAUCACAAAAUCAAACGUGUUUUUUUUUUGUUGGCCUUAGCAGUUAGUCGAAAUUUAAUUUAAUAGCCACAUUGUAAAGCUUUUGUCGUACAUCUAAUAAUUAAGAAUAGCAAAGAGUCGAUUUUAGUGUAAAUCCCACAUUGAAGCUUUUAGCCUAACAUUUCUAAAAUCAUAAAAACGGUUAACAGUUGCGCAAUUUAAAUAAAUACUUGUGGACAUUACGUA